GGGGCGGACCUGCCACUCUCACAGUCUGCUGGACCACCACGCUGCUGGCAACCUUCCUCUCACUCCUCCUCCUCCUGCUGCUGGCAACACCCGCAACCUCUCCACAGCGUGUGGAGGUGUAGUGUAGCAGGGGAGGUGGGAAGGCUGGCCGUGUGGAGGUGGUGUUGGUCAGUGACGUUAGUGUCAACAAAGGUCUGCAUACCAUCCUCGAGGUCAGCGUUUCCUGCACCUUUGGACCUUCCUGGCUUGGCCAAACAACCCAUUAAAAAUGGCCAACCAGAAGACAGUAUUUGUGACGGGUGGCACUGGGUAUAUUGGCUCUCACUGCAUCAUUGACCUGCUGAAUGAGGGCUAUGAGGUGAUCACCAUUGACAACCUGACCAACAGCAGAGCUGGAGCGCUGAGCAGGGUGCAAGAGAUUACAGGCAAGAGUGUCACCUUUUACCAGUGUGACCUGCUUGAUGGCAAUGCUGUACAUGCCAUAUUUGCUAAGCACAAGAUUGAUUAUGUUAUUCAUUUUGCUGCCAUGAAAGCUGUUGGUGAAUCAAUGCAGUUUCCUCUAAUAUAUUACAAGAACAAUGUGAUUGGAACAAUCAACCUAAUUGAAGCCAUGAAGGCAAACAGUGUAUAUCAGAUGGUGUUCUCCUCUUCGUGUACUGUGUACGGUGACCCAGAGCACUUGCCCAUCACUGAAGACCAUCCUACUGGUGCUGUGACAAAUGUGUAUGGCCGCACCAAGUAUCUUAUUGAAGAGAUGUUGAAAGAUUUGUCUCGUGCAGAAGAAAAGUGGAACAUCAUUGCUCUAAGAUAUUUCAACCCUGUAGGAGCCCAUCCAUCUGGUCGGUUGGGUGAAGACCCAACCAAGAACUUUACUAACCUGAUGCCAUAUAUUGGUCAAGUGGCUAUUGGCAAGAAACCAAGCCUCACCAUAUUUGGUUGUGACUAUGACACUGCAGAUGGCACUGGUGUUCGUGAUUACAUCCAUGUGAUGGACUUGGCUUCUGGUCAUGUAUCUGCUCUUUCCAAGCUUGAUGAGGAGCAUCUUAGAUUUAAAACAUACAACCUGGGUACAGGCCAGGGAGUGUCUGUGUUGCAACUAGUGAAGGCUUUCGAGGCCGUGACUGAUACUAAAGUGGCUUAUGAGCUGAAACCUCGGCGAGAAGGAGACAUUGUGUCCAUGUUUGCCAACACUACCCUUGCCAAGAAAGAAUUGGGCUGGACAGCCAAGUACUCACUUGAAAAUAUGUGUGAGGACUUUUGGAGGUGGCAGACGAUGAACCCUGAUGGUUAUGCAAAGGAUGAACCUUACCCAGUUACUACAUUGGAUCAGUCCCCUCCAGAGAAGACCACAGCAGCUGCACCGGUCAAAGUGAUUGCAGCUUCCAGUACUGUUCCAUCUGUUAAUGGUGUUAAUGGUGUCAAUAACCACUGAGGGGUGUUUCACUUUUCGAGUUCUGAAAGGAGUGUGAAUGGAGUUGCAAUUACAAUCGCAACAUAAAGAUGGUUCAGUCUUCCCACGAUUGUCAUUUAUAAGAGAAUUGUAUUGGUGAAUUCUCAAUGUUUCCUAAAUGUCAACCAUGUUGGAUAUAUCUAAACUGUUAAUAAUUUACUCAGACAUUUUUUUUUGGAUAAAAUAUUUUCUGUAAUAGUUUCAAAAAUUUUAAGUUCACCAAAAUGUUAUGACAUCAACUAAUGUUGCAGAAUUGUUAGUUUCCCAAAUGUUGGUUCUUGCUAAGAAUGUUUACUAUUGGUAAUGAGAAGUGUUAAAGGUCUAUUGUAGGCAGUAUAUAGUCUUUCUGCUACACUAUUUGUUUAUGGUUUACCUAACGGACAUUUUAUUUUUGCCAUAUAUAUUAUUUUAAUAGCCACUAGCCUAAAUAUAUGUAAUGUAAUUUUGCACAGAGUGCCUGUUUUGUGGAGAUCUGGUGUUGGAAGAUUAUGGUGUUCCUCUAUAUUAGAGGAAUUUUCUAGACCUUUUUCAAUGUCAAAAUUUCUUAUAGACUGUCAAAGACAUGCAUGCAAAGUGUUCAUAUUCCACUUCUUUUUCAAAGUUUUGAAGCAACGCGUGUAUAAUCGAGUGACUGGAAAUAAUAAAUACUGUAUCAUAUGGACCAUGUUGUAACACUAAGUGCACUGGAGGUCUGUCAAAGGAAUAGUGUGUAUGUUGUAAUUACCUUGUACUAUACUUCAUUUCCCAUCUGUGUGAUGCAAAUAUAUAAAGUGGCCUACUUUAAGUUGAUAAAAAAGGGUCAAUUUAUUUAUACAAUGAAAAAUAAAAGAGAAAAUGAA